UCCUGUAGUCCAUUUUGCUAAAUCUGGUCGUUUUGACAUGCGUACUUGCUAUAGAUACUGACAAUAUGCCAGCUAAACACCAGACAUCAAAUCCUACCGAAUGUCAAAUACAUAAAGAUUGUAAAAUUUAUAAGGAAAGAUUAAUAAUACUGUCUGUUUAUGGGACAACUCCAUUUAACAUCUCAAGAAGAAAAGAAAACAUAUCGUUUAGAAAAUAGUUAUAAUCUACAAAAAUGAUAUAAUGACUAUGGCAUGUCAGUUAUUUAGACAUUAUUCAGUUUUGGACGUAUUCGAUGUCGCAUAUGAAUUUUCAAUUAUUUUCAUAGUAUAUGUAGAGUUGCGAGAAAUUAAACAAAGUCCAUUCUUAGACGAAACUUUUUUUGAAAUUGAAAUAGAGGACAAGAUCGAACGAGACAAACCUUUCAACCACAAUCCCAAUAACGCAGAUCACGUAACACCAUUAAAUAAACGUAAUUAUUGUAACGAACCAUAUUUGGAUGAAAGUUUCCGUUCUUCCCUUGUAAUACUUGUUUUUAUUUUACUUGUCACUAGUCAUAGUAUGAUCCGGAAACAAUAAAACAUUUGUAAAGUUGAUCUUUUUAUAUCUAUAUAUCCACCUAGUGAAGGAUUUUAAUCGUGUAAAUAAAGGUUUAACUGUAGAUAUUUUCUCUCGUCUUUCAAGUAUUUGUAUUUGAUACAAUUACUUAUAUAACCGCAUAUAAGCACGCUACCGCGUAAAUUAUAGUUUUAACGUUAAUUAUAAAAAUAUUUAGCUUGUAUUUUGUUAUAACAAAUUAAAAUAUUUUCCAAUACUUUUAAAACCGCUAUAUAAUCCAAAUAUUUAUAUUGUAUUUAAUUAAGAUUUUCAAUAUUUAAUAUAAAUAAUCUUUUACUUUCACGUUUGAAUUCUACCGUAAUCAGUAUAUUUAUAUUAAUAAUACAACUACCGUAAUCAGUAUAUUUAUAUUAAUAAUACAAUUACCGUAAUCAAUAUGACGAGUAGUCACCAAUCACUUCCCCUAGACGUCUUAAAACAAAGCAUCAAUCAAGAUUUACAGCCUACAUCAGAUUGUAUGAAAUAUGAAUGGAUGAGACUAGGAUCGUUUAAAUCAUUUCCUAGACAAUCUGAAGGAAGACCAAUAAAAUUAGCUAAAGCUGGAUUUGUUUUUACUGGUACCAGAGAAGGAGAUGAUACUGUCACGUGUUUUACUUGUGGUGUUACUAAAAAUAACUGGUUGAAAUAUGAAGACCCACCCCAAGUUCACAAAAAUCUGAACCCAAGAUGUAAUUUUAUAAAUGAUAAUGUUCCCGUAUUAGUACCUGAAUCAAUCGUAUAUGAUAAAAUAUGGACGACACUACAUGAAACAUAUUGUGAUGGAAACCGGGAAACACGAAGUUCAUCACCAUUCUGUACAGGUAUCAACUCUAGAAUAACAGAUCCAACAAUAAGACAAACAUACGAUAUUCCACCUAUUCUGUUAGAAAGAUCAGAUAUAAACCAGGCCGUACAAGUAACUGACGAUAGAACGGGACCAGAUGUUAGGAGUAGAAUGGUACUCAAUCAAUCUAUGAGUUCUGCUAGUGUUGUAUUAACAGCAGACUCUACCAGACAUACUAUGGUAGUAGAAGAAGCAAGACUUAGAACAUUUGGAAACUGGCCAAGAUAUUUAGCUGUUAGACCUACUGAACUAGCACGGGCAGGGUUUUACUAUCUUGGUUCCGCUGAUCGAGUACAAUGUGCCUUCUGUAGAGGUAUUUUAAGAGAUUGGGAAGAAGCAGAAAGUCCAGUAGCUGAACACUGGAGAUAUUUUUCUAGUUGUGAAUUCUUGAGAGGAACGGACCGAUCUAAUGUUCCUAUUAUACCAAAUGAUAGUUAUAUACAUGAUUAUGUAUCAACUCAUCCUCUGAGUUCAACUGAUGAAGACGUUAGAACAGCUCUUAAUCCACUGUCAACUAUCUUAAAGAAUGGAAAUUUAAAUCUAGUUCAAAGCGAUGCCCCAGCAACUGCUGAAGAUUUAGGUAUCAUUACCCAAACAGCUGCUCAGCCAGAUAAAGCUAUACUCGCUACUCGUGUGGCAACAUUUUCAAAUUGGCCAAGAAGAUCGCCAUUGCCAAGCAAAGAACAAAUUGCUGAAGCAGGAUUUUAUUAUCUUGAAAGGGAAGAUGCUGUAAAAUGUUUUUUCUGUGGUGGUGUUUUAAAAUCUUGGAGAGAUGAUGAUAUCCCAUGGCAAGAACAUGCAAAAUGGUUUCCUAAAUGUCCAUAUUUACUGAGAAUCAAAGGUGCAGACUUUGUGAACUCUAUAUAUUAUCCUGGUACCGGUACGGCUAAGAGUGUUGGGGAUAAUGGAGCUACAGGUAAUAAUGGAAUGAUUGUUCAACAAAUGCUAGAUCUACCCCUGGUGAAAGAGGCGUUGAAAUUACAGAUUAAUAAAGCUCUUAUAAUAAAAGCCAUAGAAAACCGAAUGAGAAAUGGAGGUCAAACUUUCAAGACAACAUCUGAGUUGAUUAACGAUAUUCUUGAUUUGGAUCGUGUUCCCACGAAACAUGAAGAUAUCAAAGAUGACAAUGUAAUGAAAACAGGACAUCCGCUUGGCACAAAUGGGGAGCACCGUGUACCUAAUGAUAGUUUGACUGCUGUAGUUGAGGUCAUACCAGCAGAGCCAGGAAGAUCAGAUACAGCACCAAGGACAGGAGCUGAACCCAAUCUACAACCAGGAGAAAAUGAAGAAUCCUCGAAGUUGGUAAGGGAAAAUGAAGAAUUAAAAGAACGGCGAAUAUGUAAAAUCUGUAUGGAUGCUGAAUCUAAUAUUGUACUCCUUCCAUGUGGCCAUCUUGUUGCGUGUGAGUCAUGUGCCCCUGCUUUAACAAAAUGUCCCAUGUGUCGUAAAUCUGUUCGUGGAAGCGUAAAGACGUACUUGUCAUAAAGAUUGGAUUCAUCUGGAUUCAAACAGGACAAUUAAUAAAAUGUUGUUGUGUGGUGGGGUUGAUAUAUCAUGACGUCAUCAGACAGCAUAAACGCGUUAGUCAGGCAAAGAGACGAGAAUCACAAAACCGUUGAUGAUCUGUAUCCAAGUUUAUAUCACAGUUAUUUCCUUUUAAUCGAAUGUUGUGGCAGUUGUGUACAGAUCAUGUCUUUCCCUAUGGAAACUAACAGUUAUGUAAUUAAUGACUAAAUUGGGCAAAGUAGUCCGUCGUAGAACGACUAUUCUAGCGCAUAAACACAAAUUAAGUACAUGUAAAACAAAUUAAAUAUUACAAUGCAUAAAACAAAUUAACACCUGUGAUAUAUCUACUGUAUGUCUGUCAUUAAAAAUAAUCUGUGAUAUAUGUAACUGUAUUUCUCAUUAAAAACAACCUGUAAUGUAUCUUGUUGUAUAUCUGUCAUUAAAAACAACCUGUAAUGUAUCUAGUUGUAUAUCUGUCAUUGAAAACAAUCUCUACUGUAUAUCCGCCGCCAAUAUGGUACGAUGUGGGUAAUAAACAAUACUUCCGGUAUUGAACUUUAUGAGCGACUGUUUUAUACUUAUUAAAAAGUAGAAAUAAAAAUACAAAUUUAAAUUCUGUUUUGGAGAAUCCGAUAUGGGUUGUGUCAUGGGUUUUAAUGCGGUAUGGUUGGUGUCGUGUUAUAAUGGGUUACGAGUGCUUUAUGGGUGGUGCGGUGUGUUAUAAUGCGUUAUAGGUGUUGUCAUGGGUUAUGGGUGGUGUCGUGGGUUAUGGGUGGUGUCGUGGGUUAUGUGUGGUGCCGUGUGUUUUAAUGCGUUAUAGGUGUCGUGGGUUAUGUGAGGUGUCAUAUGUUAUAAUACGUUACGGGUGUUGUCGUGGGUUUUAAUGCGCUAUGGGUGUUGCCGUGGGUUAUAGGUGUUGUCGUGGGUGGUGUCCUGGGUUUUAAUGCUUUAUGUGUGUUGUCGUGCGUUAUGGGUGUCGUGCGUUUUAAGAUAUUUAAGAUAUGUAGAGAAUUGAAUGAGUUUAACGUCUCGUCAACACAAUACUUGAACCAGUUUGAAAGUGUAUACAAUAUGCUGGCUGAAACUAUAUUCUUAUGUUUACAAAUUAUUUAUUCUAAAUUCAUAAUUAAGACGUAAGUAAAGCUGUUGGUUAUUUACGCAUGUUUCAAGGCUAAUUUCUUAUUGUUUAAAAUACACAUUACGUCAUUAGGCGCAAGUAAUCGAUCACAUAAUCAGGAAUCUGUGUAUAUGAAAAGGGGAAGGCUUGCGCUCUACAGAUAAGACAUCGUGUAGAUACCCCAGAGAUCAGACACGCAGUUGAUUCUUUAGGAUAUACCCUUCAGGUUCAAGAGACACCAUCAACAGACCCCGUUGAUGCGUAGGAGAGCUAUGAUGUAGUGGGAUCCGUCAGUUAACUGCGAGUUUAGUGGGGUUUUAAGAUAGACUGAGGGACAUGUUAUUUUUAUGUAGUCUAUGAUUGUAACCUGUAUAUCCUGUGCUUGAUAUAAAAUGUAGAAACGAA